AUGUUUGGCUCGUUACGCUGUAAGGACUGCGGGCAGACCUUCACAACGCCUAUCAAUAACCUGUCCGCAGCUGUCGACGUCUACGCGGACUGGGUAGAUGCCUGCGAGGAAGAGCGUCUCAAGCAGCCCCCAAAGCAACGUCCCAUGCGCAACCCCGACACGCUAUCCAGACACGGUUACGCCGGCGGUGCUCAGAUGACCAUGAUCGGGAAUGAAGAAGAGGACGAUCUCGAUGCGGAAGGCGAAAUUGCACCGGGGGACGAGUCUGACGCGGACAGUCUGCUCGAUCCCCGUCCGGCGAAGCGGCAGGAGAGGCGGCGGUCGUCUGGCGCUGAUGAUGAUGAGGCUGAGGCGAGGCGGAGGCGGAAGGAUAAGGAGAGGGAGAAGGAUAGGCGGCCUGGGAAGAAGCCCGUGGAGGUGGAAGAUGAUGACGAUGAGGACGAUUAG